UCCUUUACAGUAUUGGACCCAUGUGUGGGCUACAAGAUUUUGAACAGCACUGAUCGUCGUGUUGGACAUACUGGUCGAAGCCCACUUAGAUGCGACCAACCUGAACGCGGACCUUUCACCGAAGGCUGGUAUCGCUUCACUGGUGCAGCUGGUGAUAGGAUGCCCACUAAAUGCCCUGCCAAAAAUCGCUGUGGUACGCAUGCUCCAGGGUGGUUGCAAGGGGUACAUCCCACCGUCGCUCAGGGUAUAGUCAGUCGGAAAGUUUGUUACCAUUGGUCAAGCAGUUGCUGUAAUUGGAGUAAUAACAUUAAGGUCAAGAAUUGUGGAGCUUUUUACGUCUAUGAACUGAAGAGAACGCCUGUCUGUUGGCUUCGAUAUUGCGGUGAGUUAAAAUCUUCACCCUUGUGAUUUUGAAAUGUCUUUCUCUCUUCCGAAAACUUGAUUAUCUAAAAACGUAUUGUCACACUAUAUUGCCAAACACUCGUCCAAACAUUUCCCUUAAGUGGUAGGUAAGCAGGACGUUUUGCGUCUUUUUUCAACUGCUUGAAUUUACACUGCAUGGCUGCUUGUAUAUAGUAAUUUCGGAUAAGUAGUGCUUAUUUAAAAAAAAUCCAUUUGUUGAAUUUCAAUUGACUUGUUUGCAGGAAUACCCAAUGAAUGUGAGGACUAUGAAACGCUCAACCAACCUGACCGCGCAAUGGGCAAUACCGACCAGAGCAGACUGCGAUGCGAUCAAAGAGCACCAGACAACAUCGUGGAUGGUAAAUGGCAUCGUCUGAUAGGCAAUAGUGGUACUAAGAUUCCAGAAUCAUGUGUUCCCAUGAGAAGAUGCGGAACACAUGCUCCUGGCUGGCUUAACGGUUCCCACCCGCAACUCCAGGAAGGUCAAGUGAACCGUAAAGUUUGUUAUCACUGGUCGAGCAGGUGCUGUAAUUGGCAAAACAACAUCAAGGUCCGAAGCUGUGGUGAUUUUUAUGUGUAUAACUUAAUCAAGCCUCCACAUUGUUGGCUGCGUUACUGUGGAGACAAUAAUACAGGUCAGUGUAAAACUCUGACACAAUUUUCUUACAAUCAUUUUUUUUUUGUCCAUUUUAUUUUGCUGGAGCCCCAGGAUAAAUGUCGAGGACAACAGAAUAGCUUGUGCAGGUUAUUGCUAGCCCGAAACAAAUAGUCCUUUCCUAAGACAUGUACACCCCUUGAUAAUUACUACACGACUGAGAAAAGUAAGCUUUUUUUCAGAUGUUUAAAUCUUUGGUGUCUAAAUGUCGCCUCGGAAAGAAAUGGAUGCCCAAGUGCACAAAUGGAGAUUAACUGACAACCCUGGCAUAAAAUUAACAGUGAACGCUUUUAGUUGUUCUCCACAUCUUACAUUCGGACCAGAAAACGUGCUUUCGAUCUUGAUCCUUUUAUCAUAGAAAAAUUGCUUCUUAAGAAUAGACGUUUCUGUUAUUUUAGUUUUCUUUUUCAAUCCAAUUUUUGACAAAAGAUACACCUCUUAGGAUAAAUCACGUAAGGCACAAGACAACGCUGUGCUCUAGGAAAAGUUGAAGGGAGCCCAGUGCUCAGAACUUGUGAAAUCUAGGGUGCCCAGCAUAUGAUUUGUAUGAAAGAGCUAAGAUUUUCUAGUCGCCCGAGAACAAAAGUCAGGUGCUAGGGGCCACUGGGCUCUACUAGAGCACUACCUUGCAAGGGAUACGCCUAAAAAUUUCCAUUUAAUAGGAGAUACUCCAGAUAUUCAACAGAUAAAUUACUUGUUUUUUUGUAGGAGCACCCAUCACAUUACCUACCACAUUGCCACCGCCAACAACAACUCCAGGUUUGUACUUUUUAUCCUUAACCCGAUUGGCAUCUCCCUGUAGUUUUUAUGUUUUGCGUUAAAAAAAAAAACAAUUAAAAGAACAACAACAACAACAACAACAACAACGAUCACAUCUUACGGCUAAAGUGUCGCGCAUGGAAAAACACCUAAAUUCCAAAAAAAAAAAAGAACAAACAGACAAAAACAAACACUUUUAAAAUAUUACCACACGACCUUAAGGAUUUUGAUCAAGAAAUUUAAACAAAUAUUUAUCUAAAAUAGCAUUAUUUGGCUUACUUGAUCGUCUGGAAAAAGAUUAAAAUUCUUAAAUUUACAAGACGUCGUGAAUAUUCUUUGUUAAUUAUCUCCACAAAUCGCUCCAAAGCUAAUAACGUAACUAAAAGUUGUUAUCAUUAUUUUUUUAAGCUAUUAAAAAUAGCAUCUCUGAACACUAAUAUAUAGCAAAGCAAAAUUAGCCAGCUCUAAAAAUUUGACCUCGAUAUCCUAAAUAAAUUGGGGGAAAUUCUGUUUUAAAAAUGCAAUGAUAAUUCUUACAAAUGAUGUAAAACUCAUUAAGGUGCCUACCACACAUCAAGUCUGAAGUCUUCAAUCGCUGAAAUUUUGUUAGAUAUUGCCUAUUGCAAUGAGCUAAAAAUUUGAUUACUCCCAGAUUCAGCCAUUUGUAUGCAAUUUAGAUAUAUAGCGACCCCUUGUAUGAGGUAACAAACCCUGAAGUCAAGAUGAAUCUGCCUUUAUGUCGCCCUUUUGUUAUUCACGUUACAGUCACAAAAAGGCUUUUUUCUAAUAUUAAAAGCAAAUAUUACAAGAAAUAUAUUUUUAAAUUAUUGUUUUAAUUUGGUUUUCUGCUUUCGUCUUUUUAAAGCACCUGAUCCAUGUAACAGUUACAAGCUUCUUAACAACAUUAACCGUCGUGUGGGAUACACUGGUCAAAGCCCACUAGGAUGCGAUCAGCCUGGCCGUGGAUUUACCGAAGGCUGGUAUCGCUUCACUGGUGCAGCUGGUGUUAGGAUGCCCACCAAAUGCCCAGCUAAACGUCGCUGUGGUACGCAUGCUCCAGGGUGGCUGGAAGGAGGUCAUCCUACCGUGGCUCAGGGGAUAGCAAGUCGUAAAGUUUGUUACCAUUGGUCAAGCGGCUGCUGUCAAUGGAGUAAUUACAUUAGAGUUAGGAAUUGUGGAGCUUUUUACGUCUAUGAACUGAAGAGGACGCCUGCCUGUUCGCUUCGAUAUUGCGGUGAGUUAAAAUCUUUACCCAUGUGAUUUUCAAAUCACUUUCUUUCUUCCCAAAUCUUUGAUAUACAGGGUUUCGAGAAAAGAACUGUCCCAAUAUAUCGCUAGACAUUUGUCCAAAAACUCUUCCUAAGCUGCAGGUAAGAAGGACGCGUUUUGCGUCUUUUUCCAAUUGCUUGAAUUUACCGGCACUACAUGGAUGUUUGUAUGUUGUCAUUUUGGAUAAGUAGUGUCUAUUAAAAAAAAAAAAUCCCUUCAGUUGAAUUCAAACUGAUUUGUUUGCAGGAAUACCCAAUGAAUGUGAGGACUAUGAAACGCUCAGCCAACCUGACCGUGCAAUGGGCAAUACCGACCAGAGCAGACUGCGAUGCGAUCAAAGAGCACCAGACAACAUCGUGGAUGGUAAAUGGCAUCGCCUGAUAGGCAGUAGUGGUACUAAGAUUCCAGAAACAUGUGUUCCCAUGAGAAGAUGCGGAACACAUGCUCCUGGUUGGCUUAACGGUACCCACCCUCAACUCCAGGAAGGUCAAGUGAACCGUAAAGUUUGUUAUCACUGGUCGAGCAGGUGCUGCAAUUGGCAAAACAACAUCAAAGUCCGAAGCUGUGGUGAUUUUUAUGUGUAUAACUUAAUCAAGCCUCCACAUUGUUGGCUGCGUUACUGUGGAGACAAUAAUACAGGUCAGUUUAAAACUCUGAUACAAUUUUCUUGUAAUCAUUUUUUUUUAUAUUGCCCAUUUUGUUUUGCUGGAGCCCCAGGAUAAAUGUCGAGGGCAACAGAAUAGCUUGUGCAGGUUAUUGCUAGCCCGAAACAAAUAGUCCUUUCCUAAGACAUGUACAUCCCUUGAUAAUUACUACACGACUGAGAAAAGUAAGCUUUUUUUCAGAUGUUCAAAUCUUUGGUUCUAAAUGUCGCUGCGGAAAGAAAUGGAUGCCCAAGUGGAAAAAUGGAGAUGAACUGACAACCCUGGCAUAAAAUUAACAGUGAACGCUUUUAGUUGUUCUCCACAUUUUACAUUCGGACCAGAAAACGUGCUUUCGAUCUUGAUCCUUUUAUCAUAGAAAAAUUGCUUCUUAAGAAUAGACGUUUCUUUUAUUUUAGUUUUCUUUUUCAAUCCAAUUUUUGACAAAAGAUACACCUCUUAGGAUGAAUCACGUAAGGCACAAGACAACGCUGUGCUCUAAGAAAAGUUGAAGGGAGCCCAGUGCUCAGAACUUGUGAAAUCUAGGUGCCCAGCAUAUGAUUUUUAUGAAAGAGCUAAGAUUUUCUAGUCGCCCGAGAACAAAAGUCAGGUGCUAGGGGCCACUGGGCUCUGCUAGAGCACUACCUUGCAAGGGAUACGACUAAAAAUUUCCAUUUAAUAGGAGAUACUCCAGAUAUUCAACAGAUAAAUAACUUGUUUUUUGUAGGAUCACCCAUCACAUUGCCUACCACAUUGCCACCGCCAACAACAACUCCAGGUUUGUACUUUUUAUCCUUAACCCGAGUGGCAUCUCCCUGUAGAUUUUAUGUUUUCCCUUAAAAAAAAAAAACGCAAUUAAAAGAACAACAACAACAACAACAACGAUCACAUCUUACGGCUAAAGGGUCGCGCAAGGAAAAACACCUAAAUUCUAAAAAAAAAAAGAACAAACAAACAAAAACAAACACUUUUAAAAUAUUACCAGACUACCUUAAGGAUGUUGACCAAGAAAUUUAAACAAAUAUUUAUCUAAAAUAACAUUAUUUGGCUUACUUGAUCGUCUGGAAAAAGAUUAACAUUCUUGAGUUUAAAAGACGUCGUGAAAAUUGUUUGUUAGUUAUCUCCACAAAUCGCUCCAAAGCUAAUAACGUAACUAAAGGUUGUUAUCAUUAUUUUUUAAGCUAUUAAAAAUAGCAUCUCUGAGCACUAAUAUAUAGCAAAGCAAAAUUAGCCAGCUCUAAAAAUUUGACCUCGAUAUCCUAAAUAAAUUGGGGAAAUUCUGUUUUAAAAAUACAAUGAUAAUUCUUACAAAUGAUGUAUAACUCAUUAAGGUGCCUACCACACAUCAAGUCUGAAGUCUUUAAUCGCUGAAAUUUUGUUAGAUAUUGCCUAUUGCAAUGAGCUUAAAAUUUGAUUGCUCCCAGAUUCAGCCAUUUGUAUGCAAUUUAGAUAUAUAGCGACCCCUUGUAUGAGGAAACAAACCCUAAAGUCAAGAUGAAUCUGCCUUUAUGUCGCCCUUUUGUUAUUCACGUUACAGUCACCACAAAGGCUUUUUUUCUAAUACCAAUAACAAAUAUUGCAAGAAAUAUUUUUUUAAAUUAUUGUUUUAAUUUGGUUUUCUGCUUUCGUCUUUUUAAAGCACCUGAUCCAUGUAACAGUUACAAGCUUCUAAACAACAUUAACCGUCGUGUGGGAUACACUGGUCAAAGCCCACUCGGAUGUGAUCAGCCUGGCCGUGGAUUUACCGAAGGCUGGUAUCGCUUCACUGGUGCAGCUGGUGUUAGGAUGCCCACCAAAUGCCCAGCUAAACGUCGCUGUGGUACGCAUGCUCCAGGGUGGCUGGAAGGAGGUCAUCCUACCGUGGCUCAGGGGAUAGCAAGUCGUAAAGUUUGUUACCAUUGGUCAAGUGGGUGCUGUCAAUGGAGUAAUUACAUUAGAGUUAGGAAUUGUGGAGCUUUUUACGUCUAUGAACUGAAGAGGACGCCUGCCUGUUCGCUUCGAUACUGCGGUGAGUUUAAAUCCUUACCCAAAUCAUUUUCAGAUACUUCUUUCUUUCUUCCGCCAAACUUUGACAUAAUUCGAAACUGAUCUUCUGCCUCCAUUGCAAGAAAUUCCCUGGACAAUUCUCCUUAAUCAAGUUGCAAGUAAACAGAACAUUUGCAUCCUUUCCAGCUACUUUAAAUUACACUACAUAGAUGUUUUUAUGUAAGUCCUGGCGGGUAAGUAGUGUUUAUAAAAAAAAAUCCCUUCAGUUGAAUUCAAACUUAUUUGUUUGCAGGAAUACCCAAUGAAUGCGAGGACUAUGAAAUGCUCAACCAACCUGACCGCGCAAUGGGCAAUACUGACCAGAGCAGACUGCGAUGCGAUCAAAGAGCACCAGACAACAUCGUGGAUGGUAAAUGGCAUCGCCUGAUAGGUAAUAGUGGUACUAAGAUUCCAGAAUCAUGUGUUCCCAUGAGAAGAUGCGGAACACAUGCUCCUGGCUGGCUUAACGGUACCCACCCGCAACUCCAGGAAGGUCAAGUGAAUCGUAAAGUUUGUUAUCACUGGUCGAGCAGGUGCUGCAAUUGGCAAAACAACAUCAAGGUCCGAAGCUGUGGUGAUUUUUAUGUGUAUAACUUAAUCAAGCCUCCACAUUGUUGGCUGCGUUACUGUGGAGACAAUAAUACAGGUCAGUAUAAAACUCUGACACAUUUCUAUUUUAUUUGUUUAUCUAUUUAUUUUUACUAGCGUUCUCAGAUAUUUCAAGAAAAACACAGCAGCAUGAGUCACCAUCAGUCUCUCGCCCAUGUAUACAUUUUUUCAUCAACCAAUCUUAUUCUUUACAAAAAGAAACUCGUGUGUUCAAUCAAGUAAUUAAGGGUAAAGGGAUAAGGGUUAAAAUCCUCCUUAAAGUAGGAAAGUAGAUAAACAAUCUAAUUAAGUCACUUGUUUGAUUGUUUUUCUUUGCAGGAUCACCUAUUACAUCGCCCCCUCCAACAACUACAAAAGGUAUAUAAAGAACAUUAAAAUACAAUCCCAAGGCCAAAAUGCAAUUGUUCUCUUCACAAAUCUUCGUACACUACAGCGCUUAUCUGUUUAUGGGCCGAGCUUUAUAUUCUUAUCCCAUACUGGGUCCCUCUAUCACAGAGGGCAAUGUUUAACGCUGCUCGUGUGGUCACUGAUUCGAGUAGAGUAGGAGGUUUUUGGUAUAAACAUACUGGCCUCUCCUUUUUCUUCGUUUAUAUUAUGAGUAUAAAAGCAUAAGAACGUCAACCUAAACUUAUAGUGAAAGGAAAUUAACUUGUUAUCAAUCGAUUUUUAGGAAGCAUAUUUGUGAUUCCGGGACUGAGGACAGAUUGUUGAUAACUCUUGUAAUUACUCUUGUUUACGUAUCAUGAUGGUGUCCCUUUUUUCCAGACUAAGUACAUCCUUGUUAAAAGAAUGAAAUCUUCCUCUUCUGCUUCUCUCUAAAAUUAAAUGGGACAUAUGUUUUUUUUGUUUACGUAUUUUUGGGUACUAUCAAUACAUAAUAACAAUAAUAAUAAUAAUAAUAAUAAUAAUAAUAAUAACACUAAAAAUAACAAUAAAACAACACUUAAAUAUCUUUCUUUUUGUUUUCUCCACAGCACCAACUACAACACCAGGUAUAAAAUGGUUCCAUACUUUCAGUUAUUGCGCUUUUCAGUAACACGCGAGUUGUAAACUUUAUACGCCAGCUUACAAUUGCUUUUUUCGCUCAGCCGUCAUUGCGGCAUAAUUACGAUCACAAGCUACGAACCUUAAAACACGACACAAAACGGAUGGAAAUCCACCAAUAACAAGUCAAAAACCAUGACCUCUUGAAAUCGUUCAAGUCAACCUUAAUUUGUUUUCUAUAAGGGCGCUAGAUGAUUAAUCGAGCAAAGAACACAAACGCAAGUUGAUUUUGAACUUCAGAGUUCGCGUGUUUGUAAAAAGCUCAGUAAAGGCCUUAAGUUUUCACUGACUAGUGUAAGUUCAUCUUAUCUAUCAAAUGCGGGUCGCAGUCCUUGCACAAUAAACAGCAACACAUCCUUUUAAGCAAGUAGUUACUAAAAAAAAUAUGCUUUUGAGCUUUCUCUUUCCCGAAGCUAAUGUUUUCAUGCGUUCUCUUUAGCACCAAAUCCAUGCAGCAACUAUCACGUUCUCGACGGUUUCAACCGUAGUGUGGCAAAUACAGAUCAAAGGAAUUUGAGAUGUGACCAGAGACACCUGCAUCCUUUGCCAGCUUGGUAUCGCUUCAAUGGCGAAGCUGGCGACAAAAUGCCAACAUCCUGUGUACCAAAAUUACGCUGUGGUACGCAUGCUCCGGGCUGGUUGAACGGUUCACACCCGUCAGUAAGAGAAGGCAUUGUCACUCGUCGAGUUUGUUAUCAUUGGGGUUCCAGAUGUUGCAACUGGAAAAACGAUAUUCAGAUCCAAAACUGUGGUGCCUUCUAUGUAUAUCGGUUAGUUAAGCCUCCCACGUGCUGGCUGCGUUACUGUGGUAACAAUGCAGGUGAGUUUUUUUGUUUUCGUCCCUUCUAGCUGUUAUCGGAAAAGGUCUUGAAUUUUAUUCGAACAUUCGUAGUGAGGGAGUUGAAUUAAGCUACAGAAUUAAGUGUUUCCAACUGCAAACGUAAGAAGGUGUUCUUAUUGUUAAGGAAGAUAUUUGGUAUCUGUUGGGCCAAUCGAGCAUUCCGUACUGGUUUGUUUUGAGGGAUUUAGGUGCUAUUACGUUCUUUGAAUAUACUCAUCUCAAUGUAAAUACGCUUUUGAUAAGUAAUUUUACUGGCCUCAAAAUUAUAGAUAAUGAAUAGAAUGGUAUGUGGAGAGAGAAGAACUUGGAAAAUUUUGUUAGUUCCAAAUGGGAAUCAGUUAAACCUACGACAUUCAAGGCACUCUACCUUUCGAAAAAGUGCGAACUAUACUUUAAGGGAUUCUGAUAAUCUGCAUCCGCUUUUUGUAAAUGUAAAGUUUAUUCUUUUGACACUCAAUUCUGCAAAAGCAUCAAACCUUGAUAUCUUACGUCUGCAAUUCUUUUCAGGAACGCCUCCACCACCAACAACGACACCACCUCUACCAACAACAAGACCAGGUAUGAAAAACGUGAAAUGGUCUCACAGAAACAACAUUACACUUUGACAUAAAAAUUGUUGGUAAUGUAAAUUUACAUUAUCAUAAACGUAUUUGACUAACGCUUUAGAGGAAGAAGCGUUGGCAGACGAUCAUUUUGUCUUCAGGUUUUGUUUUGUUACAUUGCCUGGGGGAUCGUAGUUGGCGAGGUUCAGGGAGCAAUAAUGUCUUGUUGAGUUUUUUGUUGAGUUCCUCUUUGGUCCGAAAGAUUUUUUUGGAUACUACUUCGGAUUGAAACUCUAUGUGGGAAAGUGUCUCCAGUUAGUGGGGGACACCAAAGAUUUCCAUGCAGGUUUAUCAGUUCCUGAAAAUGUCAAGUGUCCCCAUCUCAAAAAAAUCAAUGAAUUUAAUUUGUUUCGUUCUCGUUGAUUAGUUUAAUGCUGCCCAGGUUUAUUCAUUUUACUGCUUUUGUUUUCUUCAAAAUAGCAUAUAUUAAUUGUAAUAAAAGUCUUGUUGAAUUCUCCAUAAAGUGAGUUUAUAUCUCCACUUUCCCUUUUUAGCACCAAAUCCAUGCAGCAACUAUCACGUUCUUGACGGUUUCAACCGUAGUGUGGCAAAUACAGAUCAAAGGAACUUGAGAUGUGACCAGAGACACCUGCAUCCUUUGCCAGCCUGGUAUCGCUUCACUGGCGAAGCUGGCGACAGAAUGCCAACAUCCUGUGUACCAAAACGACGCUGUGGUACGCAUGCUCCAGGCUGGCUGAACGGUUCCCACCCAUCAGUAGGAGAAGGCAUUGUUACUCGUCGAGUUUGUUAUCAUUGGGGUUCCAGAUGUUGCAACUGGAAAAACGAUAUUCAGAUCCAAAACUGUGGUGCUUUUUAUGUGUAUCGGUUAGUUAAGCCUCCUGUUUGUUGGCUGCGUUACUGCGGUAACAAUGCAGGUGAGAUUUAGUUGUUUCUUUUUUACUUCUAACUGAUUUUUUUGGGGACCUCCUAAUGUGAAUUAGUUGAAAGUGGCAAGUUUGUCCGCAUAAAAGGCGAUAGUAUAGUUAGGUGUGCUAUUAUGGAGAAGUCUGUACGGAAAUUUUGCGGAUUGACAUUGUUAACGCAAUAAAUCGUUUUGCUUGUUGAAUUUUAAAACGGUUAGACCUUGAGAAACAAGGAAAAAGAUGAUUAGCUAGUAAAUCUUGCAUGGCAUCGAUGAUUAUAAUAACUUAUCCUCCUUUUUUAAGAAAUGGCUUUGUUCCGUACAAUGCCCUUCAGAAAAAAUAAUUUUAUAGUAUAUACAACUAAAUAAAGUGCAGGUAAGGGACGGGCAAAUAGGGAAGGGAGGACCAAAAGGCAUGCAACUUUCUUCUGAUGUCAUUUUUGUCCUUUUCUGGACUUUGUCUUUCUUUUUUUUUUUCCUCUUGCCUUUGUUUUUCCCUUUUGUUAAAAUCGUUAUCUGUUUUAAUGCCAAGUAAAAUAAAGUAAAAUUUAGUAACCGAUAAUUAGACUAGACUUAAAUGAAUUGUAACUGUUUAUAAAGAAUAAAGGAAAAAAAACGCAUAGCAAAAGGAAUGAAAUUCCGUCUGUUGUUAGGAUAGGUCAAAUUGAAAAUCUUGUCAGAGCCAAAAAUAUGUGGAUUAAAAACGCCCAAAGAUUAGGAGAACUUCAAUAGCCUGAACCUGCUUUUAGUAACUUUAAAGCACUAAACUGUAACAAUGCAAAAUACUUGUGUUUGAUUCGUUUGUAUAUUUAUAAUCUUUUCAGGAACACCUCCACCACCAACAACGACACCACCUCCGCCAACAACGACACCAGGUAUGAAAGAUAGAACAUGUUUAUUCACAAGCAAAAUUUUACUUUUAAGGCACAACAUUCAGUUAUUUAAUGUGUGUUUUUUUAUUGAAAAUAUAGAUAUUUGAUUUAUCUUUUGAAAGAAUAAAUGUCCGCGAAGGAUCUGUGUCUGAAACCCUGUUUCCAGCAAUGUUCGGUAUAGGAAAGAGAACUAUCGGCCUCCACCAAUGUGGCCUGGUUCAAAUCCUGGCGUCAGUUCAUUGAGUGGGUUGAGUUUUCUUCAGUUUUCUUUCCUGCUCUGGGACGUUUCCACAACAUACUCAGGUUUUCUUCCCAUACACUAACACAUGCAUGGCUUAGUCUAAUUUUGGUGUGGGCAGGAGUGUCCUUGUAUCUGCAGAUAACCGGGUGACUUGUAACACCAGUCCUGUUGCUUUCUUUGUCGGGCUGAGUUAACGUUGCCCCGUUUCCUGUUUAGCACCAAAUCCAUGCAGCAGCUUUCACGUUCUUGACGGUUUCAACCGUAGCGUGGCAAAUAUAGAUCAAAAGAACCUGAGAUGUGACCAGAGACACCUGCAUCCUUUACCAGCCUGGUAUCGCUUCACUGGCGAAGCUGGCGACAAACUGCCAACAUCCUGUGUACCAAAACGACGCUGUGGUACGCAUGCUCCGGGCUGGCUGAACGGUUCACACCCAUCAGUAGGACAAGGCAUUGUUACUCGUCGAGUUUGUUAUCAUUGGGGUUCUAGAUGUUGCAACUGGAAAAACGAUAUUCAGAUCCAAAACUGUGGUGCUUUCUACGUGUAUCGGUUAGUUAAGCCUCCUGUUUGUUGGCUGCGUUACUGCGGUAAUAAUGAAGGUGAGCUUUUUUUUCCCUUCUCAUGUUUUUGGGACAACAAUUAUUGAAGGUGCACCAUAAAAAAAGCUGCCCAUGCAAGAGUUUGGUUAACUUUGUUUAAAUUUUACUUGAGGACACCUUUGGCGAAAAUUUGGAUUACCGUUGGUGUGGGUCAAAACCUUUCCCGUUCUUCUAUUGCUUCGGACUUAAUCCUUUACGCUGAAGCAUUUUGUUCUGUCCUCUCUAAUGUUCUGCUAGCGCUUGUGAUAUUAACAAUUCGUGAAUCUGGUAAACAGGCAAAUGAGGUGCUUUUGGCUGCUUAAGAAAUCUCAGCUUGGGUUUGGGUGAAUUUGUUUAUAGCCCGUGUUUCAGCAAAUUAUCAGCAAAAAUUGUUUCUUUUUUGGGAUUGGGUCAUUAAUGUGCGGAAAACUCAAACAAAAAGAAACAACGACGGCUCUAAACAACGCAGUAGCCUGAGAAUACCGCCCAUGAUAUUUCCCGACGCCAUCAUUGCUGGUUUCCCUUCAUUUCGACCAUCAGAAGUACUACCCAGAUCUGACACGUCGUCAGCAUGGAGUUUCUGCAUUCCUUAGGGAAACCACUGGAAACGUCGCGAAAUGACAGCUAUUUCCUGUACCUGUAAACACUGGUGGACCAUGAUAAUAUAGAAUCCAUGCUAUGAAUUCAAAAAAAUAUGUCAUUGUCUUUUUUCUUUUUUUUAUUUCUUUAUUUUUUAUUUGGGAAUAAAAGGGGAACAAUUUCUUCACCUCUGCAAUUCACUGCUUUUAGUUUAAAAUCGAAUUUUAAUGCUUCUCACGAUAGGAAUAUAUUAAUGUAACACUCUGUAUGUUAUGCCUUUCCUUUCAGGCCUCACAACGACACCGCCAUCAGCAACCUCACCCACUCCACGAGGUAAAAAAAAUUACUUUUCAUUUUACUAAUUAGCCUGGCGACAAAUAAUGCAUCUUGGAAUGUCAAACAUAUUUCAUAACCUUACUGCAUUUAAAUCAUCAAUAGACACAUCCGCUUCAUUCAUUUAAAGAAUAUCUGCUGAGUAGUCCGUUUGUAUUUCGAUUGGUUCAGUAAUUUCGCAUACAGCCUUUCCACCAUCGUUUAAUGCAAUAUCGUUGCUUUGUGUUAUCUGGAGCUUCGCUUUUAGCCCUGGAUCUAUAUACUAUAUCCAUUCAUCUGUACGUGUUUCCUGCUAUCGAUCCACUUAUAUGUGACAAACGGCGUAUUUGUCCAUGUCAUUCUUUUAUCCCCUACGUAUAGAUCUGAUCCAUUUCAGUGCUUAUUGAGUACAUCCAUUGAUUAGUGAAAGCAUGAAUCCAUCUAUCUGUUCUAUUCAUCUUCCUCAUUGUCGCGAAUACUAAGGAACGCAUAUUAAGGCAACCGCAACGGUAAAUGAUAAACCAACGAAGAACUCAAAGUAGAUUUCAAAACAACGUUUCAUCGAUUAUGCUUACUUUUUGACUUACACAUUCUCCCGUUCUGUAGGUGUUAACCUCACAUGUGGCAAGAACGAAAUGUGGAUAAGCAUACCAAAAUACAUCCUUCAUGGCCUAGACAGGGAACAUCUUCGUCUAAAUGACCUAAAAUGUGGAGCCAAAGAAACCAAAAGUCACUUCAUUUUACAUACCAAACUGACAGAAUGCCACACGUUGAGUAGGAGUACCAAACAUUUCGUCAGCUACACCAAUAAUGUAUUAGAAAUCCCAGUGGCUCCUCAUCAGAUCAUCACACGAGUGCGAGAGGUGGAGAUUCCCUUCACCUGUUAUUACUCAAAUGCAGGGGUAGUUUCCUCUGUUGGCCUUGAAGUAAAGAGCAAGAAGAUCAUCUUCUCCAAGAAAGGACUUGGAAAAUUUGUUCUGGAGAUGAAUAUCUUCCCAGACAAUCGGUAUCUCGGCCAUUACACGAAAAAGGACUUCCCAGUAAAGGUUCCCCUCAGGAAGACGCUCUAUGCAAAGAUAGGGGUGGAUACACAGGAUAAUAGACUGGAGAUUUUGGGAGAAGAAUGUUUUGCUACACCGGAUCCGGACCCAAGUAAACCUGGAGUGUCCAAGUAUACCUUCAUAAAAGACGGGUAAGGACCAUUUCACCAAAUGCGCGCGCAUAGCGGCAUGGUUGACUGCCGUCCAACGUGCAACAAAAAUACGGUUAAUCGAUCAUCAUCGUCAUCGUCAUGAUCAUGGUCAUGGUCGCCGUCAUCUUCAUCAUCAUGAUGUUGCUGCUGCUGCUGAUGAUGAUGAUUAUUAUUAUUAGCCAACACGAAAUCCAUACCGGACGGACUGUUCUGUAAUUUCUGCGCUAUUUCUUAACGGAGAGAAGCUGCGCCGUGCAGAUCUCUAAAGUGGAGUGCCACGGCAUAUCAGAUAGGUGCUCCUACUAUAACGAAUAGCUUUUCGUGUUGUCACAAAAAGCUAUCCAGUACUGGUGUGAACAUAGCCUUAAUAGUAUAAAAUAGUAGUACGUUUAACACUUUACCCUUCAUCUAGUAACCUCCUCUGCCUUGUCUGCUUUUGGUGCUGCGGUACUUCACUAAAGGCAUUGUAACAUAUCAUGUUUCUCCUCAAUAACUAUUCCUUUCUUUUUUCCUACAGAUGCGCAAUAGAUAAAACGGUCAAAUUCCACCCAACAAAUGACAAACGUACACAGAAAUUCAGUCUAGAGGCCUUCGCCUUCGUGGGUGAUCAUAUGUUUGUCUAUAUGCACUGCAGAGUGAAGAUCUGUAACGCGUCUGACCCUAACUCGCGCUGCGCACAAGGAUGUAUCCGACGGGCUAAGAGAGCCGUAACGACUCUGGAAUCUAAGGAUGAUGAAGUCACUCUCGCCGAAGGACCCUUCAUGCGAGAAGACAGCGAUGAGAAAACAGAGCUUGAAGAAACAGAAAAAGAACCCCGUGCUUUGAAGAAAGGUGGU